AUGGACGCCCCGUCAAUUGACGUUCCCGCGACGGCCUUCCUCUCGGAGCGACGCGACUCUCUUCCGUCUUCCGACACGGAGGGACGAACCCGCAAACAACGUUCACCUAAGAGGCGCAAGAGGCGGCGCCAUACGGUCUCGGAACGAGACGGAUCGCCUCCCCCUGAUGCUGCAGAGGCCGUCCGACCCGACGAGGCCUCGGAGAACCUACACGACGACACGAAUGACGACAACAUGACACCGACUGUGGCUGUGUCGAUGCCUACUCUACUGGCUCGCACAGGUGCUCCUGAACCAAUGGACUCCACCGCUGCGACUGCCGCCGAGACGUCCCCCGCCCCUACGACCGACGUGGAACAUACGACCAUCACCACGACAGCGCCUUCAAUGCGCUCAAAGGCGGCUUCCCCACCCCCGGCCCCGCCCCCGCACCCUCCACCCCCUCCCCCGGGCGGGCACUUCGUUUCGCUGUCAGGCCGCACGCCGUACGCCUCGCUGCAGACGCCGCCCCCGGAAGACAGCGGCACGGCUGGCGCGGACUCGACCCGCACACAUGGCACGGACGCGCCGGCGGCACCAGCGCAGGCGGGAGCUCCAGACGUCGCAGCUCGUUCCAAAGGAUGCGGCGCUUCCGUCCUGCGCUCCUAA